AUGGAUAAUGCCAGCUACCACUCAAGACGCCAGAAGAAAAUCCCAGUUACUAGUUGGAAAAAACCAGACAUCCAAGAAUUGCUUUCAUCAAAACAUAUUUCUUUUGAAGCAAAGGAAACAAAAGUCCAGCUCUUAGAAAAGGUGAACGGUGUCAAAACUCAGUACCAAUCAUACGUGGUCGAUGAGAUGGCAAAAGCAGUUGGUUGCUUAUAUGCAAGACUGAUCUGUCUAAGACAAGAGGAAGGAGACUCCACUUAUACUAAGGACUCUUAUGCUGCACAAGUGCUAUCAGGUAACCAUAGCUUACCAGCACCGAUUGAGGCGUAUAUUAAGGCCAUUGGUAAUGUCGUUGAUAACUCAGCUAUCAGAUAUAAGCUGAGGAUGCCGGCUUGGCCCAAUGAAGACGGACACUUCGGUAGAGUUGAUUUCAACUCACAUUGGAAGUAUAUGUCGAUGCCUUGCCCACUCGUAUGCAGGAGGAUCCAAGAAGAUCUUAGGAUCACAGCAGUACCCGGGGUAUGUGAGUGGAAUUUACCGGAAGGACUCAGAUCAGCUGAAGCUGACGCUGGUAACCCAACCCGCAAUUGUCUGGGAUGGGCGCGCGCAUCGACCUUGACGAACGAUCAGGUUGCAUUUUUAGAGAGCGCGAACAUCAUGGAGGAUGCGUUCCCAGUAAAGUUCGCACAAUUCCAAUACAAUACCGACUUAUUCGAGAAGAUAUCUUUGGCCCUUUCUAAGACUGAGCAGAAGAUAAAACUUACUCCACAGACCAAGAAGAAUGCUGAAGGUGCCCUCGCACAGCAGCGGACAAUGAAUGACGAAGACAUUUCGACACUCUUAUGGCGGUUAGAAAAUGGAGAAGUAUCAGAAGAUGAAAGUGAUCUAGACGAGGAUGCCUUAGACUAUUAUGAUAAUGUCGGUGAGUUGGAAGCAGAUCUUGAAAGAGAGAACCAAAUACUAGAAGAAAUAUUGACCGAAAAUGAUGGGACAGCCCCUGAUCCUCCACUAAUAUUUGAUGAACUAGUAGAAAACCAGCCCCAUUCCAACGCCACUCCUAGUUUACGGGAUUUGAUAUGGAAAAAGAAGAAUUUGGAUUUGGUGGAUCAGGCUUUUACAUUUCUUGGAUGUACUGACUACCCUCCGAUUAUUAUGAAUUUAUCUACUCCUUAUCAGUAUUUUUCAUACUUUUUUGAUGAAAGUUUACUCGCAAGAAUCGUUACUGAAUCUAAUAAAUAUGCCAUACAAAAAAAUAUUAAUUUUUCUGAACCAAUGACAGUUCUGGAACUGAGAAAAUAUAUUGGUAUCUUGAUUUAUACUUCGGUAUAUCACUAUCCUAGUAUAAGGUCCUACUGGGCAAAUAAUAUCUCAAGAUUGGAAAGAGUAUGUGCUGCUUGCUGGAGAUCAGCUACAAGGGAAUUGCAACGUCGUGAUCAGCAAGACUCCAAUCGCCCUGGUCUGUCAGAAGCUAUUUUGCCUGAUGUUGGAUCAAGUAGCGAUCUCAAUAUUCCUGAGCCGCCCCCUCUUCCACAACAAAACCUACACACUACUCAUAUUAGACAAAUCCAACAAUUAAGUCUUCAGUGUAUAAGCGUGCGGCUAGCACAUCCAAUCACUGUAUAUUUGUUAAUUGUUUUGAAACAGAACGUUUACUAG